UUUGGACUGUGAACGAGAGUUCCAAUUAUCAAGAGCCCCUGCAUCCAUCAUUCUCCCAAACUCCAUAUCAUUUUUUGCCAUGAAUCAUCAAAGAUUUUUAUUUGUUGCCAUAUUCGUGUCGAUCGAGGCAGCGCAGUUAGCCUCCGCCCAAGUCAGCUGCCAAAACAACGGAAACUACACAAGAAACAGCGCCUACGCCGUCAACCUCAACAACACUCUCUCCGAUCUAUCCCGAAACGUGGUUGACACCGGCUUCUAUAACGCCUCCUCCGGCAACGGCACAGACACAGCCAACGCCGCCGUCCUCUGCCGAGGCGACGUCCAGCUCAGCGAAUGCCGCACCUGCAUCGGAGAAGCCCGGGAAGAGCUUCUCCGAUCCUGCCCCUACCAAAAGCAAGCCAUCCGCUGGGACGAACGCUGCAUGGUCCGUUACUCCAACGCCUCAUUCUACGGACAAAUGGAGACUUUCCCCAUGUGGUACAUGUGGAACGUGGCCAACGCGACGGAUCCCGAGCGGUUCGAGGAGGUUUUGAGAGAUCUGUUAGAACGGCUACGUAACAAUGCUGCUGAUGGAGGCGCUCUUAGAAAAGUUGCGGCUGGAAAUGAAACUGGGCCGGCUUUUCAGGACAUAUUCGCGUUGCUUCAAUGCACCCCGGAUUUGACGAAAGAGGAGUGCACGAGCUGCUUGAUUAAUGCAAAUGCUAAUAUACCUGCUGCUUGUGAUGGGAAGAGAGGGUGUAGAGUGAUCUCCCCCAGCUGCACAAUGCGUUUCGAGAUAUAUUCGUUUUAUAACGAAACUAGGCUACGAGAGUUCGACCCUUCGUCUCCUCCUUCCCCUCCUGCACCACCCGCGCUACCUCCUUCCUCGUUUGGGAAGGAUGAUGGUAAUACACCCAGGAAUGUUAUCCUUAUUGUUGUGGUUGCAGUUGUGUUGAGCUUGAUUCUAGUUGUUUUUGCUUUUAUCUGGUUAAGGAAGAGGAAAACACAAGAACCAAAAGAAGUUCUUUAUCAGAAUGUGGAUGAGAUUAGCACGGCCGAAUCCCUGCAAUAUCCUUUCGACACGAUCAAGGCAGCGACGAAUGAUUUCUCUGAUGAUAACAAGCUGGGAGCAGGUGGAUUUGGCUCUGUAUACAAGGGGAAGCUGGAAAAUGGUCAAGAGAUUGCAGUGAAGAGGCUGUCAAGAGAUUCAGGACAAGGUUUAGUGGAAUUCAAAAAUGAAGUGCUACUACUUGCAAAGCUUCAACAUAGGAAUUUGGUUAGACUCUUGGGUUUUUCCAUACAAGGGAUGGAGAAGCUUCUCAUAUAUGAAUUGGUUCAAAAUGCAAGCCUAGAUCACUUCAUAUUUGAUAAAAGAUGCCGCACACAUUUGGAUUGGGAGAGACGUUACAAGAUCAUAGGAGGUAUCGCGAGGGGUAUUCUCUACUUACAUGAGGAUUCUCGACUCAAAAUCAUUCAUCGUGAUUUAAAGCCUAGCAAUAUACUUCUAGACACAGAGAUGAAUCCCAAAAUUGCUGAUUUUGGUAUGGCAAGAUUAUUCCGGCAAGAUGAAACUCAAGGAAAUACAAGCCGAAUUGUCGGUACAUAUGGAUAUAUGUCGCCGGAAUACAUAUUACAUGGCCUGUUCUCAAUCAAAUCCGACGUCUUCAGCUUCGGAGUUUUGGUUUUAGAAAUCAUCAGUGGGCGCAAAAGCAACAAUUCCCGCAGUGGGGAGGACAACGUGGAAGACCUCCUUAGUUUCACAUGGAGAAACUGGCGCGAAGGGACAGCAGCAAAUGUGGUGGAUCCGGGUUUGAAAUCCGGUUCGGGUUCAAUGAGUGAGAUGCUGAGGUGCAUGCAUAUCGGUUUGUUGUGUGUUCAAGAAAAUGCAGGGGAGCGGCCGACCAUGGCAUCGGUUGUGAUCAUGCUGAGCAGCGCGUCCAUAAGCCUGGCUGUGCCUUCUGAGCCUGCAUUUUAUGCAUCGGGCGGUUAUACUAGCCAACGUUCAUAUUACAGUUCGAGGGAGCGUGAGUCCAUCAACACUGUGCAGCGCCGAACUUCUGUAGCUGAUCAGUCAGAUCAUUCAUCCAACAAUGAUGUUUCGAUCACCGAGUUACAUCCGCGAUGUAGCAUCCAACAAUUCUCAACUUAUGUUCUAAAAAUUGCAGAACAACUGCAUUCAUUCAAACUUCAAAGUAUGACAUAUCAAAGAUUGUUAUUGGGGCUCUUCGUGUUGUUGAUCCCUAGAGAUGUCCGCGCCCAGGACUUCUCCAGGGCCACUUGCGGCAGCAACGGCAACUACACCACCAACAGCGCAUACAGCGCUAACCUCGACACCACUCUCUCUUCUCUCUCUACAAACAUCGCCAACGAUGGCUUCUACAACGCCUCGACUGGGCAGGGCCCCGACCGAGCCAACGCCGUCGCGCUAUGCAGAGGCGACGCUCAACUCGACACGUGCCGCGAAUGCGUGCAAAACGGCGUCUCCAGGCUCGAGGAUUCGUGCCCGGUUCAGAAUCAGGCAGUCUUCUGGGAUGAGUUCUGCACUCUGCGAUACUCGAAUGCUACCGUCUACGCGACUCUGGCGACUAGCCCGGGAUACUACUUGUGGAAUGUAAAUAACGUGACGAGUCCAGCGCAGUUUAAGGAUGAUCUGAGGACGUUGCUGGAUGAUCUUCGUGGACGAGCCGCUGGCGGCUCGUCUACGAGGAAGGUGGCAGCUGGGAAUGUAACUGGGCCCGAUUUUCAGACGAUUUUUGGGUUAGUUCAGUGCACCCCGGAUUUGUCAUCACAGGAUUGUACAAGUUGUUUGGUUGGUGCCAUUUCGGAAAUACCGCAAUGUUGUGAUGGGAAACAAGGCGGCAGAGUCCUCAGGCCAAGUUGCAAUCUUCGGUUUGAGAUCGCUCCGUUUUUCAAUGAGACUAGGCUUCAGGAACUAGAGUUUGUUCCUUCGUCUCCUCCUCUUAUCGAGCCGCCUCCACAGUCACCACCGUCAGGAAAGAAAAAUGGUAACACAACUAUUAUCAUAAUUGUGGUUGUAAUUGUUGUGUGCUUGAUAGUGGCUGUAUCUGCUAUCAUCUUUCUAAGAAAGAGAAAGAAACAUAAACCAACAGAAAUUUCUCAAACUGUCGACGAUAUUAGCACAGCUGAAUCUCUGCAGUAUACUUUCAGCACAAUCAAAGCUGCAACAAAUGAUUUCUCUGAUCAUAAUAGAUUGGGCCAAGGUGGAUUUGGUACUGUUUAUAAGGGGAAACUUCCAAAUGGUCAAGAAAUUGCAGUGAAAAGAUUGUCAAGAGAUUCAGGGCAAGGCGAUAUGGAAUUCAAGAAUGAGGUUCUGUUGUUAGCUAAGCUUCAACACAGGAAUCUAGUUAGACUAUUAGGUUUUUCCUUGGAAGGAAUGGAGAAGUUGCUAGUAUACGAAUAUGUUCAAAAUGCAAGCUUGGAUAACUUCAUAUUCGACUCAGUAAGGCAUUCAGAUUUGGAUUGGGAUAGACGCUACAAGAUCAUAGGAGGUAUUGCGAGGGGAAUACUCUACUUGCACGAAGAUUCUCGUCUCAGGAUAAUUCACCGUGAUUUAAAAGCCAGUAAUAUACUUCUAGACAGAGAGAUGAGCCCCAAGAUUGCCGACUUUGGUAUGGCAAGAUUGUUCGGACAAGAUCAAACGCAAGGAAAUACAAGUCGAGUUGUGGGAACAUACGGAUAUAUGCCACCAGAGUACCUAAUACACGGCCAGUUCUCAAUCAAGUCCGACGUCUACAGCUUUGGAGUAUUAGUCCUUGAAAUCAUCAGUGGCCGAAAAAAUAAUGGCUUUCGAAGCAGGGGUGACAGCGUGGGAGACCUCCUAAGCUAUGCCUGGGAAAGUUGGCAAGAAGGAAGAGGUGGAGAUGUGGUGGAUCCAUUUUUGAGGAGUGGUUCGGGUUCGAUGAACGAGAUGCUGAGAUGCAUCCAUAUUGGUUUGCUGUGUGUUCAGGAAGAUCCUGCGGAUCGGCCAACCAUGGCCUCUGUGGUACUUAUGCUGAGUAGCUUCUCCAUAACCUUAAACUUACCUUCAGAGCCAGCAUUUUACGCUUCCAGUGGAAGUGGUUAUGGUUCGGAUGCGUCUCUAAUUCACAACUCCGACUCCACAACUUCUAACCAGAAGAGUUCUUCUCGACCUUCUCAGCAGUCACGCCGUUCCUCACAAAAUGAUGCCUCCAUUACCGACUUACAUCCGCGCUGAUUCCGCUCCAAAAAAGUAUAUAUUCAUUUCGUAUUUUGUGUUUUCGUAUCAUGUCAACAUUGCAUCCCUGUAGUGCUCUAAUUGGAUUUAAUUUAAUAUCGUGUAACUGUUAUGUACCAUUUGAUUUAAUUGACUUGAAUGAUUUGGAGUG